AUGAAGCGGAAGGAGCAAGGAAGUAAAGGUGAUGAAGCUUCGCAAGGUCAAGCGUUCAUCACAAGGGACAAUCAGCGCAAAGGGCGACCAGUGAAGAAGUCCUGGCCGUGCCACAAUUGCGGAAAGAUUGGUCACUGGAUGGCGGAGUGCCCCUCGCGCAUCCAAGAAAACACGGAGAGACACCGGCCACAGCGUGCUCAAGACAGCGGCGACCGCUAUCGAUCACAACGUGCAAACGUCGCUCAAGAAGAAGACUCGGGCGACUACCUCUUUUCGAUCGGUGAAACGACAUCUGCGAAAUCGAGCGACAUCUGGCUGGUCGACUCCGGGGCGACGCAGCACAUGACGUGCUCCAAGAAGUUCAUGCGGAACUACAAGGGGUUUGACGCUGUGGAUGUCCAUCUCGCGGAUGAUGGAAUCGUCCAAGCAAUCGGCAGUGGGGACAUUGUCAUGUCGAUGAAGACACCCCAAGGGAUGAAGAAAGGUGUGCUCACAAACGUGUGGCACAUCCCAAAGUUAUCCAGAAACCUGUUCUCGGUCGGCCGCUUCACCAAGGAUGUCGGCCCAGUGACGUUCACGAAGGAUGGGUGCUAUGGAGAAGCGAAAGGGACCAAGUGGAAAAUUGGUGCCCGUGAAGGUAAAGGACUGUUCAAGCUGCAAAUGACUCCAGUGGCGCCGGAACAAGCAAAUGCAGCCAAGUCGUCGGGAUGUCAAGGGGGCACCAAGUCGUACCUCUGGCACCUUCGGCUUGGCCACAUAGGUCACGAUGGACUCAAUUGCAUCGUGACGAAGAACAUUGGAAUUGGCAUCGACAUAUCUUCGGUGAAGAAGUGGGACGUGUGUGAAGGUUGUGCUCUGGGAAAACAGACUCGAGUGCGCUUCCAAUCAAACACUACAGCUCGCACCUCCAAACUCCCUCGAAGUGAUUCACAGCGACGUAUGCGGACCGAUGUCGAUGGCAACUUUCAGUGGAAAACGGUACUUCGUGACAUUCAUUGA